UCAAAUUUCACCUAUAAAUUUGUAGACAGUCUAUUAAUAUUGUCUUCUUUUUCAGAACUUCUUUAAAUCAUGGACAAACAAAAUGUGCCAGAAACAAAUUUACCAGCUGGGCAUCUCCCUCAAUAUCCCUCAGCAGCAUUCCAAGGACCUCCAGGAAAUACUGGGUACCCUGGCCCCCAGGCUGGCUACCCCGGCCCCCAGGAUGGCCUCCCUGGCCCCCAGGCUGGCUACCCCGGCCCCCAGGCUGGCUUCCCUGGCCCCCAGGCUGGCUACUCAGUCCCCCCAGCUGAUUAUCCAGGUGCUGGCCCAGGGGGCUUUGCUGCCCAUCAGCAGCCGGUGUACAAUCAGCCAGGUAGACCUGCAGGGAUACCAUGGAUGCCAACACCACCACCUCCAUCAAACUGUCCACCUGGGUUGGAAUAUUUAAGUCAGAUAGAUCAGAUACUGAUUCAUCAGCAAAUUGAGCUUCUGGAAGUCUUAACAGGUUUUGAAACUAAUAACAAAUACGAAAUUAAGAACAGCUUUGGACAGAGGAUUUACUUCGCAAAGGAAGACACCGAUUGCUGUACCCGAUAUUGUUGUGGGGCUUCUCGACCUUUUAACCUGAAGAUUCUUGAUAAUAUUGGCCAAGAGGUCAUAACUAUGCAGAGACCACUAAGGUGUAGCAGCUGUUGUUUCCCCUGCUGCCUUCAGGAGCUAGAAGUCCACGCUCCUCCUGGUGUACCAAUAGGUUAUGUUACGCAGAUAUGGCACCCCUGCCUGCCAAAGUUUACAGUUCAAAAUGAGAGGAGGGAGGAUGUACUCAAAAUUAUUGGUCCAUGUCUUGUGUGCAGCUGUUGUGCAGAUAUUGAUUUUGAGGUUAAAUCUCUUGAUGAACGAAAUGUGGUUGGCAAGAUUACCAAGCAGUGGGGUGGUUUUGUGAGAGAGGCGUACACAGAUGCUGAUAACUUUGGGAUCCAGUUCCCCUUAGACCUUGAUGUGAAAGUGAAAGCUACGAUGCUUGGCGCAUGUUUCCUCAUUGACUUCAUGUUUUUUGAAACCAGUGGACGCAACGAAUAGAA